ACCGAGCGGUAGCAUUUAUUUAAAUAAGUAUUUUAUUUUAUUUUUUUUUUUUACGCGAUCAAGUUUUUACUUCAUCCAGAAUAUAUAUAUCAUAAAAUUUGUAAUUUCGCUGGUUAUACGCAAAGUGCUAGGGAUUAUCUAACGAAAUUCACAUAAACGGCAACAAUAUGACAGAGACUACAAGCCAAGAGUUCAACAAGAAGAUUUUCCUUGAGCAUUACUGGCAAAAGCAGAAGGAGCUCACACGGCGACAGCGUCAAUAUAAGACGGUACUCUCGACGAAGUUGAGCACGCGUAAGGAGACGAUCAUAUUGCAGAGCUACCAAAACACCAUCGAUCAAUUGCAUUUGGAGAAGGAUACAUUGCGUGCGCAGAUUUGGGUUGCCAGCGGUGAAACGCAUCGGCGAGUGUCGUUUGCCGCAUUCGCGCAUUCUUGCCGCAAAACGUAAUGCCUAAAACUUCAUGGCGCUCCUUUCUCCAGUAUGGAGAAUUCAAUUGCAAUCAAUUGUUUUAAAAUUCAAACCGAUAUGGUGGAUUGUAGAUGCAUAUAUUUGUAUGUGUGCAAUAGGCUUAGCUGAAUGAUGUGUGAUUUAAACUUGAUUGUGGCUGAAGGGGUACGAUUAUGAAGCUCGUAUGUGGGAAAACAUUUUAAUGCCUAAAUAAACUUUUUUGU